UGAAACGUCGCUGCCAAUAGGCGCAGCGCUUUCUAAACAAACCCUUAGCACGUAAUCCCAUCGAAACCAUCCCCCCCGUUUAUAUCCACUCCUCUCGCGCUCGCCUCUUAAAACACACCGUCCUCCCGCUGCAAGCCCGUCCCGUCCCGUCCCGGCCCCUGGAGGAGAGGAAGCGUCAGCAGCACCAGCUCCGCACCGCGGCGCCCAUCACCGCUGCCUAGAUCUCGCCUGCACGGUAACAUGGUCUGCAGGGCUCGGCUGCUGUAGCCAAGGGCCACAUAGUCACACAGCCAGCAGUGAGCAGCAGAAGCAGCAGCAGCAGUAGUAAGCAGACGGAGAUCAACACUAGGCUAAAUACAUCAGAGGCACCGGAGGAGGAAGGCGUCCAGAGCAAAGCCGAGCAUCCCUGCAUCUCUACGCAGCUGUCCUGCACACCGGCCCCGCUGAACCGGAGCAGGGACGCACUCCUCCCCACCACAGACACUACCUCGGCUUUAUCGGGUGGGAAAAGCCGCCUGGCCAGUGAUCAAGGAAACCAAGAGUCCUGUCCCGUUGCCAUGGGGAAACAGAACAGCAAGCUGCGGCCAGAGAUGCUGCAGGACCUCCGGGAGAAUACCGAGUUCUCCGACCACGAGCUGCAGGAGUGGUACAAGGGUUUCUUGAAGGAUUGUCCAAGUGGAACCCUGAAUGUGGAGGAGUUCAAGAAAAUCUACGCCAAUUUCUUCCCCUACGGUGACGCUUCCAAGUUCGCUGAGCACGUCUUCCGAACGUUUGACACCAACGGCGACGGGACGAUAGACUUCCGGGAGUUCAUCAUCGCCCUGAGCGUGACGUCACGGGGCAAGCUGGAGCAGAAGCUGAAAUGGGCCUUCAGCAUGUAUGACCUGGACGGAAACGGGUACAUCAGCCGCGACGAGAUGCUGGAGAUUGUACAGGCCAUCUACAAGAUGGUGUCAUCUGUGAUGAAGAUGCCCGAGGAUGAAUCCACGCCGGAGAAGAGGACGGAUAAGAUCUUCAGACAAAUGGACCUCAAUAAUGAUGGUAAAUUGUCCCUGGAGGAGUUUAUCAAAGGUGCCAAAAGCGACCCGUCCAUCGUCCGGCUACUCCAGUGCGACCCCAGCUCGGCCUCCCAGUUCUGA